CCAUUUACUCAUCUCUACCUUUUGAAUUUUUCAUAUUUAAAACCUCGGAUGUGUCUUCGAUCUUAUCUCCUGUCUUCAUAAAAAAACACAUUCCUUUCACUUUCCUCCUCCCUCCCUCCCCCUUCCAACCUCCCUUCUUCUGUUCAUGGAGUCGGCUUCUCCGUCAGCUUAGAAAGCUUCACUUUUUUCUUCUUCUUUUAUCAGUAAUGGGUAAUUGCUCCUUCAUCGGAAUUCCUUCACUUAACAGAGUAUCUUCCACUGCAAAAUCAGAAUCUCCGAAAGCCACCAGUCUUUCUUUAGCGAAAAAGCAGGAGAAGGAAAAGAAGGAGAAGGAGGAGGAGGAGCAUGAGCAAGAACACUGUAUAUUGCCAACUACUCCCGAGGAAGUUGAAAAGCUGCGCAGGGCUUCUGCUGCAAAUCCUUUGAUUGCUUUCACCUACGAUGAACUAAAAGAAAUAACAGGGGAUUUCUGUCAGGAAAGUGUUCUCGGAGGAGGUGGUUUUGGACUUGUUUAUAAGGGUUUAAUCACAGAAGGUUUGGGAAAGGGGAUUCGAUCUCUUCCAGUUGCUGUCAAAGUUCAUGAUGGAGAUAAAAGUUUUCAGGGACACAGAGAGUGGCUG